AUGGGUGGCGCCUCCGGGAACCCUCAGCGCACUCGCUUGGGGGAGGGGGGUGGGAACGGGGGAAUCGAUCAUGGUAGGGGAGGAAAACGGAGAUCGGGGGGACAGGACGGGGAAGGGGAACGGGGAGGGGAAGGGGGAGGGGAAGGGGGAGGGGAAAGGGGAGGGGAAGGGGGAGGGAAAGGGGGAAAGGGAAGGGGAGAGGGAGCCUAUGGAGAGGGAGUGUUCAAUGACGGCCACGCCUGGGGAGGCAGCAGCAGUGAGGAGGAGGUGAAGAGGGGUCUCUGUGGGACUGUGCCUGUGCUCUUUAUCCCGGGGAAUGCGGGCUGCUACAAGCAGGUGCGUUCCCUGGCGUCUGUCUCCCACCACAUUUACCACGCCUUUCAUGCUCAACACGAAUCAAGGGACAGCCCUCCCUGCUUCGCCUGUGGAGAAGAGCCAGACACAGCAACUCUGGCAGCAGCAGCAGACUCAGAUGGAAGGAAAGAGGCAGGGGAAACGAGAGGAGAAGGUGCCACCGCAGCAGCAGCAGGACCAGGAGAAGGAGGGGGAAAUGUAAUAGGAUCAAAGAAUGGAGGGAAGGGAUCUGUGGCGUAUCCAUCUCGCCUAGCGUGGUUCUCGGUGGAUCUGAGGGAGCACCUGUCUGCUCUCCACAGCGCCCUCCUGCUCAAACAGGCCUCAUUCGUUGCUGCUGCUGUCAAUGAGGUGGGUGCUGAAUUGCAUGUUUGUGGGUACAUGUGCACGCGUGUGUGGGUACAUGUGCUGAGGGAGCACCUAUAUGAGCACCUCCCUCCUUUCCCUGGCCCCCUCCCUCCCUCCCUCCCUCCCUGCCUCCCUCCCUCCCUGCCUCCCUGCCUCCCUGCCUCCCUCCUUCCCUCCCUCACUCCCUCCCCCCAUCCCUCCCUCCCUCCCUCCCUCCCUCCCUCCCUCCUUCCCUCCCUCCCUCCCUCCCUCCCUCCCUCCCUCCCUCCCUCCCUCCCUCUCUCCCUCCCUCCCUCCCUCCCUCCCUCCCACCCUCCCUCCCACCCCGUGUUCUCUCAGAUCCUAUCGCUCUACAGGUCCUUAUGUGCUUCCAUGCCCGCCCGCCCGUCCUCUGUGCUGCUAGUGGGUCACUCUAUGGGGGGGAUAGUCGCCCGCCUGGCUCACAGGAGGCUGCAAGGGGGAGGAGAUGCGAAAGGAGAGAAAAUGGAGAGGGAGGGAGAGGAGGGAGAGGUGAUGGAGUGUGCGUGGAAGGGGGAGGCACGAGAAGGAGGAGGAGGGCAGGAGAAAGAGAGGGGGCAAUGCACAUCCAGUGAGAUCCAGUGCAUUCGUGUUGAGCAAGAGAGGGCCGGACCGCAACAUCCAGUGUCAGCCAUGUGGACUGAGCUCGCCCAGUCCACAUGCACGCGGGACGGACCGCAACAUCCAGUGCAGACCAUAAUCACCAUCGCCACACCGCACAGCCUCUUCCCUCUCCCCCUGCAGCCAUCCAUGCUCGCGCUUUACCACUCCCUCACCCGCCACCCUUCCCAGCGCUCUCCCUCCUCCCCACUGCUGCUCGCAUCGCUUGCUGCUGGCCGGAGUGACUGGCAGGUCCGUUCAUGGGCGGCAGCAGUACCCCCGUCCCCAGAUACCACCUCCCUGCACCUCCCAUUCAGCACAUACUCUCACGACUGCUCUUAUUUCUCCUUUACCCCCCUUCCCCCCUUCCGCCACCCUCCCCCCCCUUCCUUCCAGGUCCGCUCAUGGGCGGCAGCAGUACCCCCGUCCCCAGAUACCACCUCCAUCCACCUCCCAUUCAGCACAGCCCCUCACGUGUGGCUUUCAGCAGGGCACGAGCAGGCAGUGUGGUGCAACCAGCCCGUGGCUCAGCACAUCCCCUCACGUGUGGCUUUCAGCAGGGCACGAGCAGACCAUGUGGUGCAACCAGCCCGUGGCGCAGUGCUAUUCUAUGCUGUGCUGCUUGUGCGUCCCUUCGCGUGUGGGGCUCUCAGCAGGGCACGAACAGGCAGUGUGGUGCAACCAGCCUGCGGUCCAGCCCUGGUCAACCCGCGCACCUCACAGCCCUUCUCCUCCUCCAACACACGCCGUGCAAUCAUCUCCUGCCACCUGUCCGCCCCGCCUCUCCUCCUCCUCCUCCGGCCCUUGCUGCUGGGAUCGCCAACUGCUGGAGCUUUACCAAAUGAGCCUAACUCACAACAGACAGAACAGCAGAAUCAGCAGCAGCAGCAGCAGCAGCAGCAGCAGCCGCAGAAGCAGCAGAAUCUGCAGAAGCAACAGCAGAAGCAAGGGCAACGGAGUGACGGGCACACAGCAGUGCAGCUGAAUUCAGCCCCAUUCAUGCACAAAUGGGCUUCCCAAGCCCAGCAAUCACUCUCCUUCCACAUCAACCUGCCUAUUGAAGCACUAUCACUCAACCCAGCAGGCAGCAGCAGCAGGGCCCUCGUUCUUCUAUCGAAUGUUCUUCCAUGCGAUGGCUUGAAUCUCACCCUCGUUAUAAGCACACAGCAGGGGGAUGCGGAGGAGAGGCAUGAAGAGGGUACCCUCGAUAGAAGAAAACAGGAGGAGAGGAGACAGGGAGAUGAUAAGAAGGGGAAAGGGGAGGAAGUGGGAGAGGGAGAGGAUGACGUGUCGUCCUAUGAUUUGACACGGUUGCUCGUGCCUCUGCCUCAACCACCCAGAAGCAAUUCCUUUUCCUUGCCAGUAUCACUGGCAUCACAGCAAGUCACAGGACAGGUGCCCCAGCCGUCCCCUCUUGCUCUGCUCAUGCUGCCUCUGGAGAUAGCAGUUGGGGGUGGUGGUGGUGUGAGAAAGGCCACUUUGCGCGUGAAUAUCAACACCAACACCAAGGGCAAGCCUCGCCCCCCUCUGCACUUCCUCUCUGUGGAGCUGGCACCACUCAAUCUCCACGCUCAACUUACUCCCUCCUUCUCUUCCUCCUCCUCCUCCUCCUCCUCCUCCUCCUCCUCCUCCUCCUCCUCCUCCUCCUCCUCCUCCUCCUCCUCCUCCUCCUCCUCCUCCUCCUCCUCCACCACCUCCUCUCCAUCAAGACGGGAGUCUUUUCUAAACCCGUCCCCUCUCCCCGAUUCCAUCCCCUCUCCCCGAUUCCAUCCCCUCUCCCCGAUUCCAUCCCCUCUCCCCCAUUCCAUCCCCUCUCCCCAUUCCAUCCCCCUCUCCCCCAUUCCAUCCCCCUCUCCCCCAUUCCAUCCCCUCUCCCCGAUUCCAUCCCCUCUCCCCCAUUCCAUCCCCUCUCCCCCAUUCCAUCCCCUCUCCCCGAUUCCAUCCCCUCUCCCCGAUUCCAUCCCCUCUCCCCCAUUCCAUCCCCUCUCCCCGAUUCCAUCCCCUCUCCCCGAUUCCAUCCCCUCUCCCCGAUUCCAUCCCCUCUCCCCCAUUCCAUCCCCUCUCCCCCAUUCCAUCCCCUCUCCCCGAUUCCAUCCCCUCUCCCCGAUUCCAUCCCCUCUCCCCCAUUCCACCCCAUUCCACCCCACUCCCCGAUUCCAUCCCCUCUCCCCGAUUCCAUCCCCUCUCCCCGAUUCCAUCCCCUCUCCCCCAUUCCAUCCCCUCUCCCCCAUUCCACCCCACUCUCCCUCAUUCCACCCCCCUCUCCCCCAUUCCAUCCCCUCUCCCCCAUUCCAUCCCCCUCUCCCCCAUUCCAUCCCCUCUCCCCCAUUCCACCCCCCUCUCCCCCAUUCCACCCCACUCUCCCCCAUUCCACCCCCCUCUCCCCCAUUCCAUCCCCUCUCCCCGAUUCCAUCCCCUCUCCCCCAUUCCACCCCCCUUCCCCCCAUCCCCCAGGAGCCCAGCCGAGUCCCACCAGUUGCCACCCAGCUGUUGCUAUCCUGGCAUCUGCUCACACCGCUUCUCCUGCUGCUCCAGCCACAUCUGAGACUGCAGCAGCGAGUGCUAGUGAUCAGCUUCCCCGAGUUGCUGCUGUAG